AUGUGGUACAAGUGGUUCACGUUACUGCUGGUGUCGUGCGCACUGGUGCAGGCAGAAGACGGAGGGUACGCCGGACCGGUGACAGAGGGGACUGGUCAGGUUACAGUCGUAACUGGCCCGGUUUCAGAUGUAACCGGUCCGGUUGGGGAAGUAACUGACCGUGGUAGAAAAGCAGACCGAGAUGAUUUAAUUCGGACCAGUGCGGCUAAUCCCGUCACCGGCGAUAUUAUCAGUCAGGUUGGAGAUGCCAGUGACACUCAUCUAGAAAAUGAUGCCGUUAACACUGAUGUAACAGAAAUUCCUGGACCAGUCGCAACGACUAGAGCUCCUCCUCGUACCCUAGACAGACAAGCUGCUGAACUAGCGUGGCGCUCGUGGCUUCAAAGUCCGGAAAGCGGUAACCCCAAUGGACCAGCAAGGAGAAUCACUACUAAGUCACUCUUUAUCACACCACUAAUUUGUCCAAAAGGCCAGAGACUCGACAGAAACGGAUGUGUGCAGACCGUGACAUUAAAUAAGGACGAACAUGAAAGAAUAUUACUUGAUCAACUGAAUGCAUUGUUCAUGAAUUCAACACCUUCCAACAAUGCAGAGGAUCUUUACGACUAUGGGGAAGAAGAACCUGGUCCCCUACAGCUAACAAUACCUAUAGGCCUGGACCCUCAAUCACAUCAGAAUAUUGAUAAAAAAGGUGAGAACGGAAUGUUGAAUGAUGCCAGCAUUGAAGCUGAAUUAGAGCUACUAAAAUUGCAACAACAAAAUAUGCGCCAAAAUGAUACUGCUGUGGAUAAUACAAAUAUUUUGUCACACAAUGUACUAAAUAACUUAUUGACAUACUCUGAUAAACCAAAACGGGACAGUCCUAUACAAAACUCUACCGAAUCACAAGAGACCACAGACAAAGGACAAAAGGAAGAAGUUUUUGGACAAGUAAACGUGGACCCUGUUUUGUAUGAUACUGAUAUUCAAAAUGAAGAGCCUGCAGCUUCUAAUGACCCCGUAAAAGACAAUGGGUCAGUUAAUGGUACUAAUACUGAGACGCUUAACAAAAACCAAACAAAUGCCGAUCAGUCAGAGUCUCUGUCAUCUCUUACAGUAAAAAAUGCAGAUACAACGAAACUUAACCCAGAAAACGAUUACUCCGAUAUUGGAGAAGCGAUAAAAUUGAUAAGUAGAUAUGCUGAAGUAUCGACAGACGAUAAUUUUCCUAAAGACGUAGUUAGAGAUCCAGUCGAGGACUCAGUACUUGGCACACGUACUAAACUUCAAUAUCGCCGAAACCGGCCCAAAGUUUCGAACAAUUUAAGCGAUAUUCCAUCUUUUAACCAACCUGAGGUAACUAAAGAAGCCAUAUUAGCAGAAUCUCUUCGAGGGAGACCUGGAGUAUAUUACAGAUACCCUAAUGAUAACUUCGCGCCGCCACCGAACUAUCCAUUCAAACGCUUACAAGAUUACUGGCCCGGAAGGAAUCAAAUAGGAGGGGUAUACAACAAUAUGCAUGAGAAUCCAAAGAGACACCAUCACUCCUAUCCACAUUAUUUUCGCCCUCGUGGUUAUCCGGGUUUACCUGACCCUUACUCAGGAUUGUAUCCAGCAUAUCAGCUGUACCCACACAAAGUACAACAGAACGCUAGUCCGAUUAGAUCUCACCCUAACGAUCAGGAUAUGUACAGCCUUCUCGGCCUAAGACAUUGGUUUAGCAGCGAGGGCGCGUCAAAGAGAUAG